AUGUGUGUCUCUCUCUCGAAUGAGCGUCUUCGUGCGCAUGCGGGUUCCGGGGUUCCUUAUAUAGGGCCCGCCGUUGAGGCGCAUGCGCGUCACGGCCCAGUGGCGGUGCGCGAGAAAGCCCGCCGGUUUGGUUUCCACGGCAACGGGAGGCUCGCGCGACGGAGGGAGGCGGGGCGGGGGAGGGGAGGAGUUGGAGGAGAGAACCAGGCGCCAUUUUGGAUCUGGAGGAGCUUCAGUGGAAAUAUGACCAAGUGGCAGUAUAAGACUCCUGUGGAAUGGCUGGGUUAUGUGAAUAAGGAAGUCAUAGUGCGAGCGGCAGAAAGACAUGAAUAUAAGGGAUGGGUUUUAACAGUGGACCCAGUCUCGGCCAACAUUCUUCUGGCAAAUGUUUCUGAGAAUGGGAAAACGUCUAUCUUGGCCGUUUUGGGGCAUGCAGUGCAGGAGGUUGAAACAGUGGCUGAAGCAGAUGAUGAGAUGAAGGAGAAGCUUGCACACCUUUUCAUGCCUGAAAAAAGCCAAACUUAUAGUCAUGAAGAGUUGGAUCAAAAGAAAAACAGUUUGAAGAGCUGGCUGGAGAAAAACCAUAUCCCUGUAGAAGAACAAGGAGAAUCUCGGUCAACGUUGUGUGUGGCAGGGGUGUUAAUCAUUAACCCUCCAUAUGGGCCAAAAGACUGCAGCAGUUCCAAUGAAAUAAUCUUGUCUAGGGUUCAACAAUUAAUAGAAACUUAUCUUGCACUUCAACAAUGAUGGAUACAACUGCAAAACCUAUGUAGUUUUUAAAUCUUUUCCCUCACCUAGGGCUAAUUUUAUAUAUUUUCAUAUGAAAGUAAGUAUUGUCAUUUCUUUUCCUUUUGCAUUCUGGAAAAAUUCACUUUUUUAAAAUAAAACUAGUAAAUAUACCCAGCAUUGCCAAGGUAUGCAUUUUUUGUGCCUCAUUCUCUUCUUCCCCCAUUUCCCUCAUAUACCUUCUCCCUCUUUUCUUUCUUUCCUUCAUUCCCUGCUUUCCCUCAUACAUCUUCGCCCUUCUUUUUCUUUCUUUUCUCUUCCCUUUUCUUUCUUCUUUCCCUUUCCUCCCUUUUCCUUCCUUCCCCCUCAUACCUUUCCCCUUCCCUUCCUUCCCUUUUUCUUUCUUCUCCCCUUUUUUCCUUACUUCAUUCCUUCCUACUCUCUUCCUUUCCUUUAUUUUCCUUUCUCUCUCAUUCCUUCCUUCUUGGGUUUCUGAAUCAUGUAACACAAUAUAGAGCCAAAAAAAUCUAAGCAAACAUGCUGUUUUCAAUUUGUUUAUAAUAUCUAUAAAUGUUGAAACUCCUUCAGCUGCUAUGCCCCCCUCCAGGUUUUUAGAUUUCCAGGAAAGGGGUAUGUUUCAAGGUUAGACUAUGGCAAUCAUAGUAAUAUUUGACAGUGUUAGCCCCCAAAAUACCUACCUUUGCAGAUUGACAGCACCCUGACUCAAAUUUUUGGAAGAUGCGGAAGAUUGGGGUAUUUUCAAGUGACAUCUGCAGAGCUCACUUGAUUGGGAGACACAUCAAAACCACUGUUCUAAAACCUGUUUUGGCAGCUCCAUGACCAAAGUGGUUCUAAGGUGCUAGGAAUCAAUGCACUUUGAAAUUACAUCUGUAGUGUUCUCUUAGUUAGGGGCACCUUGAGAAAACUGGGGGGAUCUCUCCAGUACUUGCUUUUCAAUCUGUGGCUCCCCAGGUGUUUUGGCCUUCAACUCCUAGAAAUCCCAACAGCUGGUAAGCUCAGAGUUGUAAGCCAAAACACCUGGGGACCCACAGGUUGAGAACCAUUGUUUUAGAAGGUGAUAACCAGUCAUUCCUGGCAUAAAUAUGCACAACCAGUAGUUAUACAAUUCUAUGUCCAGCUUAUGAUUUCAUGAUUGUUGAGCAAGAUGUCAGCCAAUCUUUGCAGAAUGUGAUACUGCAGUAGCUUGUGGCAAAAUAGUAUUAAUUAUCCCCUUGAAGCCACUGCCUAUGCAAAUAAACUUCCAGCUGAAGCCUUUUAAUUGUUAUGAAGCAUUAGUGAAAAUUUAGACUUUAUUUAGCCUUCAAAAUUCCACCUUAUUGCACAUUCAUGGGGCUAGUUGUUGUGUGCCUUCCAAGUUGUUUCCUACUUACGGUGACCCUAAAGUGAAUUUAUUUUCCAGGACUGAAAGUGUCAUUCGCCUGAGGUCACUCAGCAGGUUUCCAUAUCAGAAUUUAGCGUGGGGUGAUGUGAUUUAAGGAGAAGCUUAAAGCUGUUUGUACAAACUUGAAAGAUUAUAUCUAAUUUAAAAGUCGAUUCCUGGCUGUUGAACACCACCAACCAUAGUUUAACCAUACAAAUCCACCCACGAUGUUAGAGCUAGAGACAAGUAGUUUGUUGACUGUGUGACUGGCUUGACAUGAAUUUGGGCUUAGGUUUCACAGACUAGUACUGACGCGCAGUCUUUCCCUAAUUUGUUUCUUGAAAAAAUAUCAAACAAAAUAAGACUGAAAAUUUAAUGAACAUAUCAUUUUAUUAAUAAAUUUUACCUGUCACUAGUGAGCUCUCAAGGUGAAAUACAGUACUUCCUCAAUGCAAUUUGUUGCUAGACCAAAACAGUGAUUAUGCAUUCCACCCCCCCAAUUACUAAUUUUUUAAGAAAAAUCUUUAAAUACUGCACACUGGGAACAUCUGUCAAAGGACUGACAAUACUCAUAAGGCAUGCCCUUAAUUUUGGCAGGUUUGAACUAUGCAAGUGGAUUGUGCUUGUUUAUAAAAAGCUGCCAUGCUGAUCAACUAACUCCAUAGGGUAUAACAGUCUGUAUUUUUUAAAAAAAACACAACCUCCUUGUACAUAACUCUCUAUGUAAGGUUUUGCGGGCUUGGAAGCCAGCAGUGCUCCAACAUGGAUGUAGUAGCAUUAGCAUUUAGCUCACAUUGGCAAAGACCGCUCCACUUCAUUCCUAUGGAAACAACUACAUGUCCCUAGGGUAGCUAAGUAUAGUUUAAACGAGUGAGGGAAGAAGAACCUUCUUUAUUAUCCUUUAAGAAGGAUAAUAAAACACUUUUGCUUUAACAAGUUGUAAUUAGAGCCCAGACUACACACACAUUUCAAUUUAUAUACAACUUUGUGCUAGAGGCAAUAGCCAACGAAGAGUAUCCAAUUCGUAUUUGAAUUUGGCAGUAUCCAAUUCAUAUUUGAAUUUGAUCAGGUGGGGACAGGAUUAAGUUUGCUGAAACAAAGCGAUUCCUUUUAGCAUUUAGAAAAAUAAACAGACACUUGCUGUUGUAAACAUUGUACCCUGCUUUUUAAAGGAGGGCAAGAUUAAACUGAUUGUGUUAUAGUGUGCCUUCACUCCAGAUUCUGUCAGAGAAAGUUAAUUCUUUAUAGGACAUGUUGUUGUUCAUUCAUUAUAGGAUAUAAAUAGCGAAAAAAUGCACAAGGACUGAUCAAAAUCAUUUUUUGUAUCUCAGUUGAAAUGCUCUUCAAAGUGAAUGUUCUAGUAUCCCUUCGACCUUACUACACAGAGGGGUCCUUGUGGAAAUAAAAUAUUUUUCAUACAAA